CGGAAUCCACUUAAGUUCAAGAUGGUGGCGUGAGGCCUGUGAACCUGCACUUGGCCUUCACCGUGACUGCGUCGAGAAAACGCGGCCAAGGAGCUCUGAAGUGGAGAUGAGACAGCCUAACAGGAAGAGAAAGCUCAGCCUGGAGUCCACAGAGCACAUGAAUCAGGACAGAGGCACGGGGCAAACUGAAGAAGAAAAGAAGCCGGGAGAGGUUGCCACACCUUCAAACCAAGAAUCUUCUGUGACUACACCGGAAACCUGGUCCUGGGAGCAGUACUUGAGAGAAGGGAAUGCUGUGGCUGCGCCAGUAGAACUGUUUUCCAAGGACCAGUCCUUUCCGGAGCAUGAAAAUGGUUUUCAGGUUGGAAUGAGAUUGGAAGGCAUUGAUGCCCGACGUCCGUCUGUGUUCUGUGUGCUUUCUGUAGCUGAGGUGUGUGGUUACCGGCUGAGACUGCAUUUUGAUGGCUAUUUAAGCUGCUAUGAUUUUUGGACCAAUGCUGGUUCCCCGGACAUUCACCCAGUGGGAUGGUGUCAAAAGACCAAGCAUGAACUGCAUAUCCCUCGGGAUUAUAGAAAAGAUAAAUUUGUUUGGAUGGAUUACUUGAAGGCCUGUAGAUUGCAAAAUGCUCCUAAGAAAUUAUUCAGAAACAGAAGUUCUAAUGGUCCAGUGCCAAGGGAGUUUCAAGUUGGGAUGAAGCUGGAGGCUGUGGACAGGAGGAACCCUUGCUUGAUGUGUGUGGCAACCAUCGCAGACAUUGUGGAAGACCGAGUCCGGGUGCAUCUUGACAGCUGGGAUGAUAGCUUCGAUUACUGGUGUGAUGUUAACAGCCCUUAUAUCCAGCCAGUUGGUUGGUGUCAGGAGAACAGAAGAACUCUUGUCGCUCCCCAAGGUUAUCCUGAUCCGGAUAAGUUUUCCUGGAUAGACUACCUGCGAACCUCUCAAGCGAAGGCAGUACCCGCCAAGGCCUUUAGCACGAGGGCUCCACAUGGUUUUUUGCCAAACAUGAAGUUGGAAGCUGUGGACAAACGGAAUCCCCGGUUGAUUCGUGUUGCUACCAUUGUAGAUGCUGAUGACUACAGAGUAAAGAUUCAUUUCGAUGGCUGGGACCAUAAGUACGACUAUUGGGUGGAUGCUGACAGCCAGGACAUCCACCCCAUUGGGUGGUGCGAUGUGACAGGGCAUCCGCUGGAAGUGCCAUAUGGGUCAAAGCAUGUGAAAAUACUUCCAGGUCAACCUGCAUGUCCUACUCCUGGGUGCCGAGGCAUAGGUCAUAUCCGUGGCCCACGUUAUGCAGGACACCACAGUGCUUUUGGGUGCCCAUACUCAGAUGUGAACUUGAAAAGAGAGGCAGCCCUUCAGGAUCGCCUGAGAGAACAAACACAGGCAAAUUUGGAACUUGAUCCUUCACAUUCCAAAUCAGAAAACCCCUGUGAUUUGAAUUUCAACGGAAAAUGUGAAAAUGCAAACAGUCAAUGCAGACUUGUUGUACAGCAGGCAAAGUGUUUGAAAAUCAAAGGAAAAGAAGAUAUUGACUUGGAUAAUCUCUUCAGAGAGAUUAUUUUCCAUCCUCGACGGCUAGAGUUCUCCGCUGCGCAGGUGCAGCAGAUGCUUCACCAGUCGCUCUCCAUGACAUCCACGUCUGCCCACCCUUUCCGAGACAUCCCCCUCAGCAGGGAGCAGCACUGCAAGCUGCUUCCGGGUGUGGCUGACAUCCAAGCCAGUCGAGUGGCCAGAUGGACAGUGGAUGAGGUGGCUGAGUUUGUACAGUCUCUUCUGGGCUGUGAAGAACACGCCAAGUGCUUCAAGAAGGAGCAGAUCGAUGGCAAAGCCUUCCUGCUUCUGACCCAGGCAGAUAUUGUGAAAGUGAUGAGAAUCAAGCUGGGCCCAGCACUGAAGAUCUACAACUCUAUCUUGAUGUUCAGGAGCUCCCAGGAUGUCAUGGAAGAUGCCUCUAGCCAAGAAGACAAGAGAUAA